AUGGCACCGACGAGUAAUUUUGAGCUUUCCGAUAUCGUCACAAUCAACAUAUCCAACUCACAGAAUGACACCGUAUCGUUCGAACGAAAAUACAGCCGAACAUUGAAGAUCUACGAGUUCAAGGCGAAGCUGGAACCAAUUACCGGUGGGAAUGCUGGUACUAUGCGGCUCGAACUGUACAGUGGGGAUAGAUUGGUGUCGAAAUUGGACGAUGAUAGCCAAUCGUUGGGUAAAUAUCCGAUCGAGGACGGUAUGCGGGUGCACGUUGUCGAUCAGUUCCAGUGCAUCCAGGAGAAUGUACCGAAAUUCGAGCUAUCGCAGGAAGAGUACGACAAGAAGGCGGACAGUUUGCGCAGCUUUCUGAAGAAAAACAAACUUGGCAAAUACAACGAGGACGAGAUGGCCAAACAGGAAGAGGAGCGGAAACGACAAGAGGAGGAAGAUAGCCGUAAGCUCGACGCCACCACCAUCGGGGCUCGGUGCCGGGUGACUGCCAAAAACAAUCCAGUCCGGCUCGGUACCGUCAUGUACAAGGGUCCGCUGGAUGGGAAACCGGGCGUAUUCAUCGGUGUCAAGUUUGACGAACCGCUCGGGGUGAACGAUGGCAGCGUGAACGGCAAACGAUACUUCGACUGUGGACCGAAGUAUGGCAGCUUCGUCGCACCGAAAGCCAUCGAGGUGGGCGAUUUUCCACCGGAAGAGUUUUCCCUCGAUGAUGAGCUGUAA